AUGGCACUCCUGCUCCAGCUGCAGCUCAGAGCCUGGCUGUGGACAGCACUGGUCCUCUAUGUGUUUGCUGGAUCCUGGAGGCAGACAGAUGGGCAACUUCACACGGAGGACCAUGCUGAUGUGAAUGUGUUUCAUAACAAGCUGGAGGAUGCCAACGUCAUGCUAGAGUUGCUCUGGGAAGGACUGGAGAUUGAGGCUAACGAGACAAUCAGGGUGCAGGAUGAGGAACUGGCCUCUCUGCGCACGGCAAAGCGAUUUCUCCAGAUCUUCCAGCACCAGGUUCCCAAGACAUCAGAAGGGAUCAAGGAGCAGCUGAAACAUCUUUCACAGGCAGAUGCCCCUCUGAGUCUAGUAGAGUUUGAUCAGCUUCUCUUCACCAGCGUUUACUGCGCUUAUCAGAUUCGCUCCAUUCAGGGCCUGGACAAAAAUCUCUGGAUCAGUUUCUUUUCUCAACUAGUUGAUGAAAUCCUCCAUGAUCUCUGCAAGGGAUUCUGCCCUGCAAAUUCUACUCUCCUGGCUUCCUGGCCCUGGAAGGAGAAGCCUUUUUAUUUAACCUUACUGAAAAAGUCAUAUCAUUCCAGCCUGGCCAUGACGAAGAGAGGCACCGAGUAA